GCGGGUUUUGUUUGAACCACGUGCUCGAGCUACAUUGCAAAAAAGAUGGCAUCUUCAUCUGGAAAGAAGGUGCAGACUUACGACGUAUUUGUUGGUAAUUUGCCUCUGGAUGCAGACGAAAAAUCAGUUGGUAAAUUGUUUACAAAGUUUGGAGAAACGAAGAGCAUAUUUGUUAAGGAUGCUAAUUGCACACCAAAGAAGCGAUUUGCAUUUGUAAAUUUUAUGUGUGAACCAGAUGCUGAGCAGGCAAUAAAAGAGAUGCAUGACUUUGUAAUCAGCGGUAACAAACUGAUCGUGAGGAGACAGGAACUCAGGAAAAAGGGUCCAUACAAAAGAGAGAAUGAGGACAAUCUCAGAGCAGCUCCUAGUAACAAUGAUCCAGCUCCUGUCAGUUUUGGUGGACGAGGUCCUUCAGGAGAGAAGGAAAUGGCUUUGGUAACUUAUGUAGAGAAUCCUGUCACAGUUUGGCUUCAGACAUUGACGGAAGAAAACUUGGCACAGAUGACAAACAUCUCGGAACAGCUAGCUGCCUGUUGUCCAGCGGCACCCAAAGUCAAAGGCACUCCACAGAUUGGCAAGGUUUAUGCUGCUAUGUUCUCUGAAGAUGGAGAGUGGUAUCGAUGUAUAGUUAAACAUUUAUUUGGUAGUGAAACCCUCAAAGUCCAGUAUAUUGAUUAUGGAAAUACAGAGGAGAUUCAUGCAGACCAGCUUCUGGAAAUCCCUCCUACUGUAGCAGCACACAAACCUCUAGCUUACAAGAUUGUGCUGCACAAUACCAAGGCUAAAGAUGUCACAGAUCAAAAUGGCAUUCGUUUCCUCAGAAAACAAACAGAAAAUAGACAGCUGCUAACAUGUAAGACAAGACCAUUACAGGAUGGAACAGGAUUCUAUGGCUACUUGUCAUUUGAAGGUGAUCCUGUAAAUAUUAAUGAUAAAGUUGUCAACGAAGGAUUUGCCAGUAAGCGGCCAUCAAUGGGGAUGGUGAGAGGAGGGGGAGGGGAAAGUGUCAGUCCAGCACGUAGUCUUACAUCUGUUUCCACUGGCAGUAAUAUUGGAAAUGGGGAUAUAAGCAAUGUGGGAAGCAAUACCAGCUUAAACAGUUACAUGACCAACGAGUCGGGAUAUGGCAAUCAUAACAGGUCUGCUAACACCAGUCCGAUGAAAGCGAACCAAACUGUAAAGAAAUCACAGUACCCAGGAAAAUCUCCGCAGGGUAUGAACAUGCCUCCAUCCUUCAGUGUACCUCCACCUCUUAUGAACACAAACUUUACCUCACCUAAUGCAGCAAUGAAUCAUUUCUAUAACAAAGGCAGUCCAGCAGACAACAGUACAAGUCAACAGAGGGCAGAGGAGAUUGCUCGCCAUUUAGAAAUCCAAAAGACACUGCAGAGUGAUGUCAACAAAAAGAAAAGAGAAAUUGACAAACUUCGAACUGACUUGGCUCGUAAAGAGCUGGAAUUACAGCAAGUAUCAGCCAGUAAAGUACAGGUUCGCUCUGUGGUUGACUUAGCAAAGAAAGUAAAGAAUCUCAGAUUACAGUUUCCAACAGGCCGAGCAAGUGGUUUAGAUGAGGCUAUUGAACUAGCUUUGUCAUCAGAAAGAGUUACAAAUUCCUCUGUGACAACAUUACAACAUGUCAUCACUGCUGUAUCAACAUACAGAGCAUUACAAAAGGAAAUAUGCAAUGCCAAAGACAUUGGUGAGUUGGAUUCUUUAGUGGAGACUAGAGACCUGGCAAGGAAGAACCUGUAUGACAAACUGACAGAGUGUGUACAGGAGCUGGAAGUCAUGCCUCUCGAUGUCAGACAUGAAUGUGUCACGAAAGCAGAGGCCAAAGUGACCAGUAACUACAAAGCAUUUAUGCACAUCAGUGUACAUGGCUGUCCAAGUUUAGAGGAUUUGAUUCAUGGCUUCAGGGAUUGGAAGAAGAAGAAGGAAGCAGAGUUCUGCCAUGUUCGAGAAAAUACCAACAUUUGUCAGCGAGAAGUCACCAAAGCACUGCAUCAGCUAGAGGGAGUGCUGGAUUUGGAGGCAGAUGAAUAUGAUGAAAAUGUGAAUUUGGAGAUUAACACUUUAUUGAAAACCUACAUGCAGGCACUUCAGCAGGAAAUAGCUAUCACUGAUAUGGAGCGUAGCCAAGAUUCAAGUUUGGUUGCUACAGUUCUGACAGCCAUCUUAAAUGAACUCCAUGGAGAAAUAGGAGUCCUUGAUAAUUGUAGACAAUUUAUGGCUGAGUUCUCCCAAAUGAAGGCAGGGAUUGAACCUUGGCUGGACACCAAGCCUAACUUUGAUGACAUUCAGGAGUGCAGGAAGAACAUCAGGUCCCUUAAGUCUAAGUUACGCCACAUGGAGGCAGACAGACUGGAUUUAGAGGAGAGUGGAGAUAAUGAAGAGGAGAAAGUAUUAAAGACAGAAAUUGAGGGACUGCAGUACCAGCUUCACCAAGCUUUAGUCAAUCAUGAUCAGCUUGUGGUUGAGUUAGCCAAGGUAUCUGAUUCACACUUCCCAGAGCUGCUGAUCAAGCAUCAGGAUACAGGAAUUAGAACAUAUCUGAACUACAAUGGCAUAGUGAAAACAGGAUGGGAAGUGGAACAUUUUACUUUGUCUCCAGCAGUGAGACCAGGAAUGUACUCGAGCACUUUUUGUGGCGACCCAGUUUAUGUGCAGGAAUAUCAUGUUGGUGACAGUGAACAUCUUAGGAAGGAAGACUUCCUUGCUCAAAUCAUGGCUUAUUGUAGCAUAUCUUCUGACUCGGAUUGUCUUGGUGCUAUACAGGCAGUGUUCUUCACAAAGAAUGAGCGAAUUGGAUAUGUAGUUAUAAGUGUUGAACAAAUGCAAGAUUUGGAGACAUUUAUGAAUGAGCCAGGAUUUGAUGACAAGAGAAGGCAGAAAAUAGCUAGAGGAGUAACCUCUGCAUUGAACACCCUACAUCAGCAUGGUUUUGUACAUGGUGAAGUGAAUCCACAAAAUGUUGGUGUAAAGUUGGACGGUUCAGCUGUACUGCUGUGUCCAGACUUUUCUAGGUCAUUGUUUGACAGAACUAAGAGAGGUUACAUGACCAGCCAUGGAAUGAUGUUCCAGGCUCCAGAAAUCUCAAAUGCUCAUCAGAGUGCACCAGUCCAGAUCACUGCUAAAACUGACCUCUAUCUAUUAGGCCUACUCAUCCUAUAUCUUCAUCAUCCAAGAUCUGUAAUUCCGGCAUCCAGAGAUGGAACUCCAAACUUGGCUGUCCUUUCACUGGACCCUGAGACUGGUUCUCUGCUGUACAAUUUACUAUGUGGAAAACCUGAAAUGAGAUUAGCAGCAGGUCACAUAUUAAAGUCAGGUUAUCUCACACGCACCAUGAAAGACCACUCACUUUCCCCAGCAUUGGAUACAAGCCAUGAACUAGUGCAGGAGUCCUAUGGUCAGUCUCAGGAAAUAGCAGAUGGAGGACAGCUUCCUAUGCCAGACACACCUCUAGAAGCAAGCGUGGAAAGUAAUUCAGGUUUUACAAGUGAUGGUCUGGAACAGGAGAAGAUAACAUCACUUAACGAGACAGAGGACCAGUCACACGGGGCUAGUACCCUUACCUCAAAUGCUGACCUUGUCAGAGAGGAAUCCCCUGAAGUCCAGAUCCUCUCUGAAGAAGUUUAUAUUGAGACUCGGGAAGUAUCAGAUGACGGUUCACAAAUGUUGGAAGAGCUUACUGUUAAAACAGAGAGUGUCUUAAUCAGUGAAGAAAAAUUGUCUCCCUUGACACAGAAUCAGUGUAAUGUGGACUCCAUCUCUCAGUAUCCUGAAAUGGAUGAAACAACAAGACAAACUGUUGACAUUGAUUCUCUUGUUUAUCCAGAACCUAGUCAUAAGGAACCAGCAAGUAACCCUGUAGGAUUGGUUGAUGAAGAAAGCGAAAGCUACACAACAAGUCAGACAGCUAGUCUGGAACAGAAGGCAGUGCAACAUGAUGACAUCAGCGCAGCUUCUCAUGGACAUAGUGGAGUACCACUCCACAGCCCCAGACCAGGAAGUGAAGUUCCCACAACAGAUCGAAAUGAUGCCUUAAGUAAGUCAUCAUUGACUGAAGGAUUAAUGACACCAGAGAAAUAUAAAACUAAUGUCGACAGACUGGUAAAGUCUCUCUCAGCUAUGAAGGCCAAGGAACAAGUAAUGAAGAGCCUUUCUGGAAAGAACCAAAUCUAAUGCUGAUCUGUAAAAUUUACAGAGAAAUUCCAUUUCUAGUCAGAGGCACUUUUGAUUUUAAACAUUGAGAUACAAAAUUUCAGGUAGAAUAUACAUCUUAAAUAAAUUUUCUUGGGAACAAUUGUAUGUAUCAUUUUUUGAUAUUUUUUUAUUGUGUUCAUUAAGCCAAGAAAAAGGCAAGGACCUGGGCAUUAUCUAUGUGUUGUGAAUCAUGAUGGGGCAGCAGGUAGUUGUGUUCUCUCAUGUAUAUUCUUUUUUUUUAUUCUCCAGUGAAAUGUUUUUUAAGUGGAAAUUUGUAAGACUUUUUUAAGCAACAGAUAUAGUUUUGUAGUCUUCAUUUGUAUACUUUUGUAUAUUACUUCUCACUGCCGAUAUCAAGGUUUUCAGUAUUGUUUCUUUAUUUUGAGCUGUUGCUGUUUUAUUCUCCGCGAGGUUUCUUUCCUCGGUGAUCUCAGGAUUAUUCUUCAAACUUGGCAGAAAUAAAAGAAAAGUAGAUGUUUAUACAUGUAUGGAUAAAUGAAUAAGAAUUUGUUUUUAUACACAGUUAAAGAAUACUUGACUUGCGGAAAAAAAGAGAGAAAGUGGCAAUAUUUGUAUAUAUUAUAAAUUAAUUGAAAUAUAAAAAGAAAAAAAAGAGACUGAGAAGGAAUGUUAAACAGGGUCUUGUGCAUGAGGAAAUUCAGCUGAAUUGUCAAUUUUUCAACAUCUUCUGAGGAAAUUCAGCUGAAUUGUCAAUUUUUCAGUAUCUUCUGAGGAAAUUCAGCUGAAUUGUCAAUUUUCAACAUCUUCUUGUGAGACUGUUGAUAUAAAUUAGUGAGACAUAUUUUUCUGUGUAAAAAAAAUUUACUCUGUUAAAAAAAAAAAAUACCGGUACAAGAAAUCAUAUACUCAAUGUAACAACGAACGAGUAUGUAAUGAAUUAGUUAAAUACAGGAAUAAUUAACUUACACUGAAUUGCAGUGUAUGUAUUAGGAAGUUGAAUACUUCAACAUGUCAAAAUUUGGCAUUUAAUGACAAGUAGUGAUUGUUGUAUUGCAGGGAAUUCCUAUAUUUUUGCAUCUGUCUUCAUUACCUUUUGUAAGUUUUAUGACAAUAUUCUACAUGUACCUUAUUCAUUUUAUUUUGUAGUUUCUGUUUGGUCAGGGAAUUGACCAUAGCCCAUAAAAUAAAUUUUGAAGUU